GAGUUUUAGUCUCUUAAUGGGUCUCAUAUCUCCGUCAGGGCUAGUGACCAGGGUUGUUUUAAGCCUGGUAAAAACUUUGGUGCCAAGUCAGAUUUGAAACCUCAGAUUUUGGAUCGGGUACAUUCUCGCUUCACCUGGCGCUUACCCGAUCCGAUCCGAUCUGCUGCCAUCCUUAAUGUGGCAGGAGUAGCAUCCGAUGUUGUCUACAAAUACAGAGGGGGUGGUGUUCGCAAUGGAGAUGCUCUCCAACGCAGUGAUGAGCGAGCUCGUGAGCAGGUCCCUAUCCUUCCUGUUCGCCAAGUGCGAGAAGCAGACGACGGCGACCGUGCAGGAGGACCUGCAGCGGCUGCAUAACCUGCUGCUGAGGAGCGGCACCAUCGUCGAGGAGGCCGAGCGGCGGCUCGUCACGAACCGGGCUAUGCUCCAGCAGCUCCAGGCCCUGAGAGACGAGACGUUCCGGGGCAAUUACGUCCUCGACGCCGUCAGGUGCCGAGCCGCACUCGGAGGAGGAGACCGGCGCAAGGAUGACGAUGACGAGGAGGAGGUGAGCCACCGCAAGUUCGCCCUGUCCAGGUUCAACCCGGCGAAGCGUGUCCGCUUCCCCUCCGGUGGUUCAGAGACCACGGCGGCAUUUUGUGGUGCAAGCUCGCGAGAGUUGCAGCAGGUGGUUCGCAGCCUGGAAGUCAUGAUCGGUGACACGAAGGAGCUUGUUGUGUUCUUGAUGAACUAUCCUCCCUUGUACCGCCAACCUUACAGUGCCCAUCUGUUUAUGGACAAAUGCAUGUUUGGCCGCCAUAUGGAGAGGGAGAGAGUCAUUGAGUUCUUGCUGCAGAUCGAGCCUCCUGGUGCAGCAAAACUGGGUGUCCUUCCCAUCGUCGGCCCGGCGCAUAUCGGGAAGAGCACUCUUGUGGAGCAUGUUUGCGACGAUGAAAGGGUGCGCAACCACUUCUCCAUGAUCUUGUUUUACAGUCGGAAUGACCUUAAAGAUGAGACCAUGGCCAAUCUGAGAGACAACUGUGUGAUCAAGCAUCAGAAUGAUAGGGCCUCAGGAGAGAGGUUGUUGAUCGUCAUUGAGCUCUUAGAGGAUGUGGAUGAAGAUGCAUGGAAGAGGCUGUACUCUUCCGAAAGAAGCAUGCCACAGGGGAGUAGAAUGAUCAUCGCCAGUCGACCCGAGAACAUUGCGAGGUUAGGGACAACACAGGCUCUUAGGCUGAAAUGUUUGCCGACAGAAGCCUACUGGUAUUUCUUCAAGACGCACGUCUUUGGAAGUGAUGAUCCAGGGUAGCAUCCUAAGAUGGCAUCCUUAGCUUUGGAGAUGGCAAAUCUGAUGCAAGGAUCUUUCAUGUUUGCAACCAUUGGUGCUGUCCUGUUAAGAGAUAAUUUCAACACUCGAAGUUGGUCCAUGAUUCUCACAAGGUUAAGAGAGUACAUGCAAAAGAAUGUCUCCUUGAUUGGUGAAUACCCAGAUGAUAUCGACGCCAAGGAUAAUCCUCGAUUCACUUGGAGCCUAUUGAAACAGAAACCUGACAACUAUUUUAUGCUAUAUGACGUUUACCAAAGAGGCUUUGGGGAGGAGGUUCCAGAGAUACCAUAUUUGGAUCUGCUAGCGGGAUGCGCUCAACCGCGAGGGAUCUACGAGAUCCUGUUUUGGAAAUCUCGAAUUCCACCGUACUUCAGCUACGUAUGCAAAUGUGAGAUUCGUGAUAUGCAAGCACCAUAACAUAAGUUCAUAGAUAAGAGUGUAGGGGCUAAUGCUUUGGAGUGGUUAUGUUCUUGUGUGGUCUCCUCUCACCGGUUAGAUGUCUGGAAGUUCCUUGCUUGUUUGUGAAUGGUGAUCUUGUAGUUCUGCAGUUCAAGCGAUGGCAUCUCAAACAAAAUCUACCUUGUUUGUGAACGCUUUAUGUUAUCUUGUAACCAAUUGCGGCACCUACAAUAAAGAAACUGCAGGUUUCUGCUA